UUUCAAUUUCGGAUUCGAGAAUGAAAUACUCUACCCUAGGACCCACCGUAAGCAUUUCUGCAUAUUUGUUCUAGCACCUUCUGCUUCGUUCACCUCUUCUCCGUCGUAACAAACGCUACGCCGCAGCAAUUUACCGCUGUGGAGUUGUCCAAGUCCGAUAGCACUUCACUUUUCGCCACGUCAAUCUGAAUCGCUUUUGCGUUGCCGCUAAGGUUCUCAUCUUUCUUCCAAAAUGGCGACGGUGAUGCAGAAAAUCAAAGAUAUCGAAGAUGAGAUGGCAAGAACCCAAAAAAACAAGGCAACUGCUCAUCAUUUGGGCUUGCUGAAGGCUAAACUCGCAAAGCUGCGGAGGGAACUCCUCACACCUUCAUCAAAAGGAGGUGGCGGUGCUGGUGAAGGUUUUGAUGUGACUAAAAGUGGGGAUUCAAGAGUUGGUCUUGUGGGCUUCCCUUCAGUUGGAAAAUCUACUUUACUUAAUAAGUUGACUGGGACAUUUUCUGAGGUUGCUUCCUAUGAGUUUACUACCUUAACUUGCAUUCCAGGAGUGAUAACUUAUCGUGGAGCAAAAAUCCAGUUGUUGGAUCUCCCUGGAAUCAUUGAGGGUGCUAAGGAUGGAAAGGGUAGAGGAAGGCAGGUUAUUAGUACUGCAAGGACAUGCAAUUGCAUUUUGAUUGUCCUAGAUGCAAUAAAGCCAAUAACACAUAAGCGUCUUAUAGAAAAAGAGCUGGAGGGAUUUGGUAUAAGGUUGAACAAAGAGCCACCAAAUCUGUCUUUUAGGAAGAAGGAUAAAGGUGGAAUUAAUCUCACUUCAACUGCCACCACAACACAUUUGGAUCUUGAGACUGUGAAAGCUAUAUGUAGUGAGUACAGAAUUCACAAUGCCGAUAUUACUCUUCGGUAUGAUGCCACUGCCGAUGACCUUAUAGAUGUCAUUGAGGGCAGUAGAGUAUAUAUGCCAUGUAUCUAUGUUGUGAACAAGAUUGAUCAGAUCACACUUGAAGAACUGGAGAUCUUGGAUAAGCUACCUCAUUACUGCCCAAUCAGUGCACACCUGGAGUGGAACCUGGAUGGUCUUCUGGACAAAAUCUGGGAAUAUCUCAGCUUAACUCGUAUCUAUACUAAACCUAAAGGGAUGAAUCCUGACUAUGAAGACCCUGUAAUAUUAUCCUCAAAGAAGAGGACAGUUGAGGACUUCUGCGAUCGUAUUCACAAGGACAUGCUUAAACAGUUUAAGUAUGCUUUGGUCUGGGGUUCAAGUGCGAAACACAAGCCUCAAAGGGUUGGCAAGGAGCAUGAACUCGAAGAUGAAGAUGUGGUUCAAAUUAUCAAGAAAGUUUAAUUUGUUAUAAUCAGAAAGAAACCAAGAUGAAAUUUGGUAAAAGUCGAUCAGAAUGCCUGCACGCACUCUCUCUAGAUUAUUCAAGGAUGUUCUGAACAGAAUCAAACACCCCUUCGAGACACAUUCUCCAGGACCGUUAGAUUACACUCCAAUUACUUGUCUUUUUUAAGUUGGGGGUGAGGUAGAGUACAUUAAAGUGUGAUGCGUUGUUAAAUCAUUAGUUUUAUAGGGGACGCCAUUUGCGUUAAGUUAUGGAAUGAUGUAUCUUGUUGAAUUCUCCGUGUCAAACAAAUAAUGGGUAGAAUAAUCUGGUGUGUACUUGUAAAAUUGAUAGGGUUUUGCUGAAUGGAUAUUAUAUAGAGGUGGAUAUCACUCUUUCCAUGCAUGCAACUGAACAUUUUUAA